GGAUGAAACUCUGAAAGUGCGUUUACUUUUUCGACCACGUUCAGCGGAAGUUUCGCCUGUUCUCGACACGGGUCGUUUCUGGCCGUGUUCGAGAGGAUCAAACCAGCAAUGUAUCAUAGGGGAAAUUUUGAAUGACUGACUGAUCUACAAAUUAGAACGACUUAUUAUUUAUCCAUUUUUUUUGUCAUGAUGCUCUCGUAAACCGCCGAUUUAAAGCGUGUGUCUUGGCACGUUAUACACCAGUUUCACACUUCAAGUACGACAGACAACUCUUCCAGCAUAUAAACUCUCUCUUAAGAAUCAUGGACUUCGAUUUAGCUGACGCUCUCCCGAGCUCAUGUUCGAGUAUGGAGUUUGAUACCGAAUACCGCCUGCCUGAUGCGAAGAGUGGACCAGAGAUGGAGCGCUGUGGGCUGCACGCGGGCCUGAGCCUGGACUUAGAGGUUAUCCUGCAGCAUCGAGGAGGCAUGAGACAGGUGGCUCACCUGGUGAUUGCGCUGCAUAGGAUGAAAAACCCCUUCCAGAAGUCCGACUCCACACACACUCCCCUGGACACGCAGUGCACCGACGAGCAGCUCUGCAGCAUCAUCAUGGAUAACCUGGUGGAAGAGGGUGUGAUGGUCUCGAUCCAGGAGCCAAUGGGAGUGGUGCCCAAAAAGGAGAAGGGGACCUUCGAGCAGAUUGGCAGCCCCCAGCAGUAUAGCCUGUGUGACCAUCACCAGAAGAGCCUGGUGUACUGCCACAGAACCAUGGAGCUGAAGGCCGUCACAAUCCAGGGAGGCAACAUCCGGAGAGCGAGGUUCAACCUCUCCAAGUAUAGUAAUGCCAGCACCACCACCACCACCACCAAUCAGGCCCUGCCAGUUGUCUUAGGGAUAGACCAAUGGAACCUCUCCUGCUCCAAGCAGACAGACAGCGCAACUCCUGUCCUACAGUUGGAGCGCUGUGAGGAGCAGUUAACAACCAUCGGGCCUCAGGAAAAAACGGUUCGCUUCCUCUUCUACAAGAAUACCACUGGCUUCUCCCUGACCACCUUCGAGUCGGCCAUGUACCCUGGCUGGUUCAUCAGCACCUCACUGGAGCCAAGCCAGCCCAUACAGAUGUGUCAGAAACAGGAUGCCAGAAAGCUCAUCAACUUCAUGGUCAAACACUAAACACACACAAUCUGUCCCCCUAGUGUAUGUACCACAUACAACCAGAGAGCGAGUGCGGGGUGAAUCUGAGAAGAUAGACUGGCUGAUAUUGUAGAGGAGUUGAAUUGAUAGAGCUCUGCUUUUCUCAAACAUUGUGUGGUAACUAACUCCUUCCAAUGUUUAUUGAAAGUGGUUUGGUUGUAGUGAGGGAGCUUGACCAGCAGAUGGUACUGUGUGUUUAGGGGAAGGCCCAGAACUGAUUGCUUUGGAGGAUAGUAACAGUAUCAAGAAGACAUUGUUUUAGCCACAGAUGUAAAUGUUCAAAGUGUUACAUUUAAAAAAACAAGUAAAUUCAUAUUGAAUUCUUUAUCUUAUGGCUACAGUGCUAAGUAUAAAAUUCAUACAUUACAGUAGAGUAGAAUCGUUAAUAGUUUUCUAAGCAGUUCUCAUUUUUUCUACUUUCUGUACAAGUCAAUCAUCACUUUUCUAAUACUACGAUUAAUUUUGUUUUUUAUCUCGUAAGCUAACAUUGUACAUAAACAGCUAACAUCAACUAAUAUGUAACACACAGUGUCUUUUAGCGCCAAUAUUGUUGUUUUUCAAUUCUUCAAAAUGUACAGAACCAUUCAAAAGUUUGAUUUGUUGAACACUUUUCUUUGGUUACGACAUGGUUCCAUGUUAUUUCAUAUUUUCGAUGUCUUCACUAUAUUCUACAUUGUAGAAAUCCAGAAAAACCCUGGAAUUAGUAGAUGGGUCCAAACUUUGGAUGUUUUAACAUUUCAAUGGUUAUAUGAUGUAUUUUACUGUAUGUUGGAAAUAAAGUGACUAUUCGAUGCA